UGCCCCCUAAAUAGCUCGUGGUGCCACCAAAAUUUACUCAGUUCAACCCUAGCGCUGCUAUCAGUUAGUUUGCUGUAGACGAAAAAAAAAAAUGUUGCAUUGGAAUGUUCUUAUCUUACUGUUGGGUGCAUCAGCGUACGCAUCUCCGAUGACCUCCUUCAAUGCAACCGCGGAACAGCUCGAUGCGGACUGGAUUCAAGUCCCGAACCCGAACUGGGAACUGACCUGGGUUCAUCGAUCGAUGGUGGAAGCGCAGGCACACGUCAAGUGGGGCUCUCAGGAGCUGGAUGUGCUGUUUGUAUUCUUCUCGCGGGCGAAUUCGGCUGGUUCGGCCUAUCGAUUCAGUGAGCUGAAGAAGGUGAACGAUACAGUGUUCGAUGCGUCGCGACCAACGAGAGUUAUCGUUCAUGGGUGGUUGAACAAUCGGGAUUCACCGCUGAACGUGAAUGUUCGGAAGACUUAUUUGAAGAGGUGGGACUACAACGUGAUAGUCGUUGACUGGUCCAGCUGUGCUGCAAAAUGGAACUACGUUGCUGUGGCGUUUUGUGUGAACGAAGUUGGGAAAACCGUUGGGCUGAUGCUUUUGAGCUUGAAUAAGAGUAAAGGAUUAGCGUUGGAAGAUGUUUACGUGAUUGGACACAGUUUGGGCGCUCACGUUGCGGGGAUAAGUGGAAAAACUGUCGGAAGAAUCUCUACGAUUAUGGCGUUGGAUCCCGCGUUACCAUUGAUUGGGUUUUGGGACAAGAGCAAAAGAGUCGCUAAGGGUGACGCGCAGUACGUGGAAGUGAUCCAUACCAACGGGGGAUACUUGGGAUAUCUGGAACCUAUUGGAACGGCAGACUUCUACCCCAAUGGAGGGGUUGCACAGCCAGGAUGCGGAUUUAAUUUUGGAGGAAUCUGUGCCCACUCCCGAUCCUGGGAGCUGUUUGUGGAAUCUCUGGAGGAACCUGAGGAACACCUUAUGGCCAGGCAGAUCUUUUCCCUGCAGGAAGUACCUUAUGCAAGGGAUAAUACCGUCCGGCUGGCGAAAAUGGGCGGCGAACCUUCGAAUAAGCUUGGUGAGGCAUACGGCUUGUAUUACAUGAGAACCGGUGAUCGAAGCCCGUACUUUGAGUCUAAUAAAGCGAAUUGA